AUGGACUCAAUUGUACCAUUCACCACACAGAAGCGACCCGGCGAGAAGGGCUCAGACCAGCAACCGCCCCGGAAGAGAGCACGGCAGAGCUGUGAGACCUGUAAGGCUAAGAAGACUAAGUGUGUUGGCAUUGAGAAUGGCGCAUGCCAGAACUGCGCACAGCUUGGCGUCCCGUGCGAGGUCAAUCUCAAGACGAGAAAGCGCCCUUUUUACCGCAUCUCAGAGGAGGUCCAUGAGUCGUCCAUCGCGCUCCUCCGUCGGUUUGUAUCGGAAGAAGAGCUACCGGAGCUCACCGUUGAGGGUAUCCAAGCCAUUCACGCCAAGCUAGACGAAAGAAAUGCUAGUUCUAGAAGCCCCAGAUCAGUGCAGGUCCAACGACCCACCCGGACUAAUAAUGCGGAAGGCGCUGGGAAAGAACCAGCUGGGGAUGAAGUCAUGGAGCCAGACGAACAUCCCAUCCUACAAGAAGCGCUCGGCUGCAUGGUGCUUGAUUCUUUAGGAAAAUACCGCUAUGUGGGCCCAGACUCGGGCAUCCGUUGGAAUCAUGCCGCGCGCCGGGCACAGCAAAAUUCUCUGAACACCGAUCCAAAGGUCAUUGCGCCUUUGAAAACAGGAUUACUCCCGCCCAAGACACUAGAGAGCUUGAAUGGUGCAUGUAGAAGAGAAGUUUACCUGCCACCAAACAACCUAUGUAUGCGCUACGCUGGGCUUUUUUUCCAGGAGAUCCAUUGUUUGUAUUGGUUCUACUCCUUGGAGCAGUUCUACAGUAUGCUGGACCAGACCUUAGAGGGUCGGGGAAUAGGAAUGAGCGCGUCUUGGCUUUGCUCUCUGUAUUCUAUCUUUGCGAUCGGCAGUAUGACACCCGUCAGUCAAAAAACUCAGACAGGGAGCGUGGCGGAAGGGGCCGUGAAGCAGGCGGCGGACUAUCUGGCUUUGGCGAAAGAAUUGUCAGCUGAAGUGAGCGACGAGGCGGAUGUCGAGAGUGUGAAGGCUUCUGGUCUGUUGAGUUUGGCCAUGCAUGCUAUGUGUCAUAGUAUUGGGGCAUAUUUACACUUGGGAACAGCCGUGAGAAUUGGGUUCUCUCUUGGUCUGCACCGAAAUAUCUCUCCCCGGACGAGUAAUUCAGUUGAACGAGAGAGGGGGAGACGACUAUGGUGGACAAUCUAUACACUAGACCAUGAAAUGGCGAUUCGCUUCGGCUAUCCGUGUGCGGUUGGUAAUGAUGCUGGUUUCAUGAAUACGCCACUGUCAUCGGAACAGAUCAUGGACCCCGGCCCAAAUAUGCCACUAGGAUACCAGGCACUCUCAGUCUCGCUGGUCCAGCUCCGGAGGAAGAUCAGCCAUAGCUGCUUCUUAGAACCCGCGCAAGUCGGUGGCCGACUGCCGAUGAGUCGUGUCUUUGAAAGCCUAAACGCCCUCAAAUGCUGGCUCAACGAAGUGCCUCCGUACCUCGGUUGGGGCUCUUCCCACCCCCCACAACACCGUCGACCCGUGUCAAUCCUACACUUAAGGUACUACAGCUCUGUCAUUUUCGUCACGCGUCCUUUCCUCUUAUUUAUUAGCUCUCGUCGAUCUACCAUCACGCAUGCAGCCAAAGCACAAUGCUAUGAGGAGCUCAGCGGCAAAUGCAUCGAAGCCGCGGAGCGCUCUGCCGCCAUCCUCCAGCGCAUGGUGAAUGACCGGACACUGUCCAGUCGGAUUUUAUUUGACAGCCAUUGCAUAAUGGAGACAGCGUGGAUUCUAAUAUUAGCCAUGCAGAAACUCGGUCGACCGGAGCAUCGGCAGCUUUUGGGCUUCUGCCUUGAGACUGUACGUAACAUGGAGAAGAUCGGAUGGUGCGAAAAGAUCUUGCCAGAAUUGGAAGCGAGAGUCCACGAGAUCGGCAUCCUGGAGCCGCAUCAAGAGGCGCAGCAUCAAGCGAGUAACCUUCAGUAUCAAGCCUAUCCGGAUAGAGCCACGGGGUACAGUGUGUAUCCUGAAACAGAAGCUCUUUUCCUGGAUGACACCGACUUUAACCUCGAUAUUUCCGAAUUUGACGUGCUCGAAACGCUAGACCUGAAUGCUCAAUCAGGCCGGAUUGAUGUCCUCGCGGAUGGGACAUUAUCUACCUUUCAGCUCAAUUUCUGA